ACGGGGCGCGAGCGGGCCCCUCCGCGCGGCGGCCCGAGGCUCGGUGACCGCGCCGCUGCCCCGCAGGCUCGGAGCCGGCAUGGCCUUCGCGAGGACGCUGCUGACCGCCCUGCGGCCCCUGCUCCAGGCCGGCGUGCGGGCCCCGGCGCUGCGCUGCCUGGCGCUGCCCUUCCCCGCCCAUCCCUGCCCGGCCCUGCCCUGCCCGGCCCUGCCCUGCCCGGCGCCCGCGCAGACCUUCAAGACCAAGGCCGUGCUGCGGCGGCGCUGCCGGGACUGCUACCUGGUCAAGCGGCGCGGCCGCUGGUACAUCUACUGCAAGAGCAACCCGCGGCACAAGCAGAGGCAGCUGUAGCGGCGCUGCAGGUCGCAGAGGCCGGGGUGACCUUAGGAGAGCAGCCGCCUUGGUGUCCUUGGAAGAUUCGCUGCUGGUCCCUGGGAGGGGAGAUGCCAAUAAAAAUCCCAGCGGGGACUUUUGUA